AUGUCUUUCCCUAUUGACAAGAAAGACCCAGAGUUCCUGUCUGAAGACAAUGUCUCGUCAGCAGAAGGGCAAGUCGCUGCCUACGACCGCAUGCCAGAGUCUCUUCGCGCACUCAGCGACGAUGACUUCCACAUCCUCAACAAGAAGAUCGUCCGAAAGGUCGACCUUUUUGUUCUUCCAACAAUUGGAAUCCUGUACAUUCUCAACUAUAUCGAUCGCCAAAACUUGAGCGCUGCUAGGCUUCAGGGCAUCAUGGAAGAUCUGCACAUGUCUGAUCAAGACUUCGCCACGGCUAUCUCCAUUCUGUUUGUUGGCUAUCUACCCUUCCAAAUUCCUAGCAACCUCAUCAUUACAAAGAUCUCCCGGCCAGGCAUGUAUAUCUGUGCUGCCGUGACAAUAUGGGGUUGUAUCUCGGCUUGCACAGCGGCGGUUACAACAUAUGGUCAACUCCUCGCUGUUCGAGCCAUUCUCGGAGCCGCCGAAGCCGUUUUCUUCCCCGGGGCCAUCUAUUACCUCUCUGCCUGGUACACAAAAAGGGAGCUAGGAAAGCGUAUUGCCGGGCUCUACAUUGCCCAGCAAGUCGGUAAUGCCUUCGGUGGUCUCUUCGCUGCAGCUAUCCUCCAACUUGAUGGCCAUCACGGCAUCCGCGGCUGGCAGUGGCUAUUCAUCAUCGAGGGCAGUAUUACUGUCGGCGUUGGCGCCAUCUGCGCCUGCAUCAUGCCGGAAUUCCCCCACAACAGCCGGAUCCUGUCCCAGCUUGAGCGCGACUUCGCCGUGUGGCGUAUCGAGUCCGAGGCUGGUGCUGCAGAGGGCACAGAGAACGAGAGCGUGUUGAAAGGGUUUGCCAAAGCCCUCUCGGAUCCCAAGCUGGUUCUGCUCAUCCUUUGCAACAUGUUAUCCCAGACACAGGGUUCCAUUGCCAACUACUUCCCCACCCUCGUUGGCUCACUCAACUUCGGCAGCACCAUCAGCUUGCUUCUCACAGCGCCUCCCUAUAUCCUCGCCGGCAUCGCCUACUACGGUCUCAUGUUCUGGUCCGAUCGAAAGAAUACUGUCUACCCAAUCAUCCUCCUUUGCAUCUCCAUCUCGAUCCCGAUGUAUAUUAUCCCAAUUGCGAGCACGAACGUCGGCGCCCGCUACUUCUCCAUGAUGAUCCUACCCUUCGCCUCCGUCGGUCCCCAGCUCCUCCUCUUUAAGACCAUCAACCUGCACCUUGCACGACCUAUUUCGAAACGAGCGGCUGCAUCCGCUUUGGUUAAUGCCAUUGGUGGUACGUCCAACAUCUGGGCCUCAUACCUAUACUUUGGAGAGCCUCAUUUCUAUGCUGCCUUCGGCACGCUUAUGGGUGCUGCUAUCCUGUUUGGAUUUACAAUCACUGCAUACCGCUGGCUCGUGUUGCGCGAGAACAAACGUCUGGACUCGGGCGACCCAGUCGAAAUCGCCAAGGUGGUCAAGGGUGGUGUCACAGAGGAAAUGGUACAGCUCAACUGGCGCUACGAGAUGUACUGA